GUCAACGAACAAAUCUCCGAGGUGAGGUUGCAGUGAAAUGGUUUGAAGCAAUACAAACAUUCCUUCCUAUGUGUUGGAUGGCUGCAGUUGGAGGCACAACAAGGAAUUAUUAGAAACGCCACGAAAUUUGGAACAAAAAACAACAUGAAUUUAAGAUUACUUCUGUUGUAUCUAAGCAUAGCUGUAUUAUCUGCGCAUUCUCGGAGGGUAAGGGCACCCAGUAGAAUCCGAAGAAGGACCCCUGUUACGGGGUCGGCAGGUAUCAACAUACAAGACUCAUCAGCGCAAACGAUUCAAGUCGGUUUCAGGUAUAUACAAGGAGCAGUACGAUACAGAGUAUCAGCCAAAGAAUGGAUCGACGGUACUUACGAACAAACCGUUGCAACGAACGAAAAGAUUGUUGGAAUACAUCAGCGACAAGCUACGUUGCAGAAUCUUGAUCCAGGACGAGAAUAUUUGAUUCAAGUCCAAGGUUUAAACCGAGCGAGUCGUCCAAUAGGUUCCGUAUCUGAACACGUCGCUGGCACAGCACUUCGAUGUUAUACUUGCAAUGGUAGAGCUUCUAACAGGGAAUGCAACACUAGAUCAUCUGUACAGGAAUGCCCAGCUGGAACCGACAGCUGUCUGAACGAGGUUCGAUACCAGAACGGUAUAGCAACGUUCACUAAAAGAUGCGCCCAGUUUCAACCUAGGCUUGCCCGUAAAAUGAGAGGGAACGUUGACAUCACAGCUUCAUGCAGGGGUGUACACGCGAAAGACGCCGUUUGCCAAUGCAUGUGUAAGAGCGACUUGUGUAACGCCGCGGAUUUGCCCUGCAGUGAUCGAUGCUUUCCCCGACUCCGCCAACCACGCACGGCUACAUUACAUUGCACUAACGGUGACAGAGUUGGAUCAGUAUGCACAUGGAGAUGCAGGGGACAAAAUGCAAGAGCCAUCGGUAUAACAAGCGCUAGAUGUCGAACUGACCGAACAUGGAGUGUCCUAACACCACCGAGAUGUGUAUUACCUCAAGUAGAGGAUCCUGUCACCACAGCACGUACAACCCCAUACGAAUGCCCCACUAUGGCAGCACCUCCUAACACAAGGAUGCGAUGCUUACAAGCAAACCGGCUCAACUCCGUAUGUACCUUCACAUGCACAAGUGGUUAUACUUUAACACGUGGUAGCGCGACACGUACAUGUGGCAGAACCGGAUACUGGAGUGGUAGCGUCCCCUUGUGUACAGCCAUCACAUGCCCGGCCAUACCACCGGUCCCAUACCUCGUUAUAAACUGCGACAACAACCGGAACGUUGGCUCCAACUGCGAAUUGUCAUGCACUGGACAAUUGACGUUGAUUGGACAAAACGAGAUCACGUGCCGUAGCAACGGACGGUGGAGUCACGUGGUACCGAGAUGCGAAAGACGAGGUUGCCAAGCAAGACCCCGCGUCGGUCGCAACAUUUUGAUGGAAUGUGAAGAAUUUACCCAACCGUCAGAGGGCGCUAGAUGUCACUACUCAUGCAAACCUGGAUACGAGAUGCGCGGCACGCCAUCUAGCGUUUGUUUAAAUAACAGAUGGAGUAACGCAGCUCCUUUAUGUUCAAAAACUCGCUGUCGUCCUGACAUGGGACAACCAGCCUUCGGAUGGCUACAAUGCUCUGAUUAUUCCAACUUUGACUCCAACUGCACAUUCACGUGUCGGGCUGGUUACGUUUUGAGGGGAGCACCAGUUGUAAGAUGCUUGGCUUCCACACGGUGGAGCCAUAGUGCUCCAACCUGUGAACGUGUUAGUUGUCCACCCAUUCCACACUCAGUAACGGGCACAUACUCAUGCAACAACGCAUGGAACGCUGGUAGCGUAUGUACAUUGUCGUGUAACACAGGGUAUGGGCGCGGCAGUUCAACAAGACAACGUAUCACAUGUAACGCCAACCCCAAUGUUGGGCCUAGUGAUGAAUACAUGGGAAGAUGGUCACCUGCUGUAUCACAUUGUGAAAAAUCUCGAUGUGCUGCAUUUACCGUUACACCUGGGAUGCGACGUUCAUGUUCAAAGUCUGAUUAUCGUGAAAUAGGCAGUGUAUGUCGUUUUUCAUGUGACCCUGGUUACUUCCGUGCUGGUAGGAGUAGCAGGACUUGUAGGAGGGGUUACUUUGGAGUGGCGCUUGGAAGGUGGUCAGCUGGGAGAACAUAUUGUAUUCGUCGUAGUUGUCCUCGCUUAACACCAACAAACUUUGGUGCGGUCUCAUGUUCUGAUGGCAUAUACGCUGGUUCUAACUGCACAGUUACAUGCGAGAGAGGUUAUGAACCAACAUCUGAAGCGAACUUCCAAUGUGCAAUGAAUGGAAGGUGGAAUAGACCCAAAGCUAGAUGCACACGAGUUGUAUGCCGCGCUCCAACAGAAGUGACCACGCGUAACAUUGUGUUUACAUGCGGUAAGGAUGCACGUAACAACCCAGUUGUACAAAGAUACUUCACUGACUUUGAGUGCCCACUACGAUGCAGUUCUGGUUUCCUUAUCAUCGGUGGCAACAGUAGUAAAUGCGGCACAGACGGUGAAUGGAUUAUUUCGCAAUCGCUGGAAUGUGCUGAUGUUGAUGAAUGUGCGGUAAACAAUGGUGGUUGUGAUCAUUUCUGCAGCAAUGAGAUGGGUGGAUACCAAUGUUCAUGUCGGGAGAAUUAUCAACUUAACGCUGAUGGAGCAACUUGCAGACGUAUCUUCUGCCCUGAGUUUCCCCCCGACAGUCGGAGCAGCGUGACUUGCACAAACGAACGUUCGAUCGGUUCAACUUGCGUGAUAUCAUGCGUUACAGGGUACGAGCCACGAGGUGGCGGUGCUGAGCUCGUGUGUAGAAACGACGGGACUUGGAACGAACUGUUUGCAACUUGCUUGAAGGUUGAAUGUCCUCCACUACGCGUGCCUACCAAUGGAACCUUAAGUUGUAGCGAGGAUAAUCUUUACCAAUCCGUAUGUCGUUCCACAUGCGAUGUUGGUUUCAAUAUGAUUGGGGUACCCGACACAUCAUGUACUGAACAUAGAGUAUGGACCCAAGAAUCGCCAACAUGUAGACGUGUUCGUUGCCCAGAGGAACUCACUCACAUUGACAAUGGAGUUACUAUGUGUUCGGACGCAAACUUCUACAACUCAGACUGCCACUACGCAUGCAAUGUUGGAUAUCAGUUCGUAGCUUCACCUCAAGAAACAUUACUUCCAUUUGGGCUUCUACUUUUCCCCAUAGCAACCUGCAUGGAGGAUGGAACAUGGUCGUUGCCAGCGCCGUCGUGCGAGAAGAAACAAUGUUUACCAACUUUUACUGAUGUUCAUUCUGUUCGACCUAACAGCCAAAUAACUUGCACGGAUUCCGAUUUAUUUGAUUCUACGUGCACGAUGUCGUGUGAUGCCGGCUACGAGCUGAUUGGCCAAAUACGGUCACGGUGUUUGAGCACACAAACAUGGUCACAUGACUUGGGCCAAUGUGAAAAAAUCAGAUGCCCCUCCACCCUCCCACCACACGAUGGGGCAAUAUCUUGCAACGAUACCAACAGAUACGAAUCCACUUGCCAAUAUACAUGUAAUGAAGGUUAUAAUAUGGUUGGGGUUGCAACAUUAUUGUGUCAAGCUGAUCGUACAUGGAGCGCGCCAUCUCCUACUUGUCAACGAAUCCAAUGUAAUGAGUCUCGUACCGCGAUUGCAAACGGUAUUGUUACAUGCACAAUGGAUAAUUAUUACGCUUCUGAUUGUUCUGCUUCAUGCAACGCUGGGUAUGAAUUCGAUGAAGCCAACAGUUUAGGAGGGUUGCGUAAAUCGCGAGUUAGAGCGAUUAUAACAGGCAUCGAGGCACCAGCAACAUUUGAAACAGUUGUUAGUCGGUGUUUGGCAACUGGGGAGUGGGACUCUGAAGCUCCAUCGUGUGUUAAACAUUCGUGUGAGCCGAGCGAGGAUGAAAUGAGACAGGCUCGAUCAAAUGGUGAAGUUGAAUGUACAGACAGUCAGUUGUUUAUGUCAUCCUGUACACUACGAUGUCAUAAUGGGUAUGAGGUCACCGGGGGAAGUCCCUCAGUACAGUGUGGGUCAACAAGACAAUGGUCAGCGGCGAUGGGAACAUGUCAAAAAAUCCGAUGCAAUGAAUUUGAUGAACUUAACAAUGGAAGAAUGAAUUGUAGCGAGGACAAUUUAUUUGAAUCUGUUUGUUCGUUCGAAUGCUCUCCUGGAUACGACUUGGUUGGUUCAGCAACCUCCACUUGUUUGGCAAAUACUUCAUUCUCUCAUCCUAAACCAAGUUGUCAAAAAAUUGAAUGUCCUACCAGUCACACUACUCUUAUGAAUGGAGCAGCAGAUUGUACAGAUGGUUCCAGGUUCGAAUCCCGGUGCGUCUACGUUUGCAACCCUGGCUAUGAGAUGACAGAUUCACCAACGUCUAACACAGAGGAUAGCCCAGAUACUGCAGUAUUAACUUGCACAGCAGAUAGAACAUGGAAUGGAAGGCUGCCGUAUUGUAAACGAAAGCAAUGUUCCAUGCAUGAUGGCGCAAUUACAAGGGCAAAGUUGAAUGGCAAUGUUGUAUGCACCGAGUCUUCAUGGUAUGGAUCACAUUGUAGUGUUACAUGUAAUGAAGGAUAUGUCUUGGUUGGAUCUUUAUCUACACAAUGUACAGCAUCAGCUGACUGGGCGCCUACCAUUGGCCAUUGCAACAAGGUCCGAUGUCCUGCACUAAGUCAACCACAAGAUGGCAGUAUGACAUGUACCGACGAAAAUAAAUUUGAGUCUGUGUGUUCGUUCUCGUGUGACCGGGGUUAUGAAAGAAUCGGAGCCGCAUCAUCCACUUGUCAAUCAAACAGGACAUUCACGCAAGAUGCUCCAACCUGCAGAGAAAUACUUUGUCCAAUUGAAUUCACCACACUCGCUAAUGGGAACGUUGUCUGUUCGGAUUCGAACCGGUUUGAUUCCCAUUGUGAACACACAUGUGAUGAUGGAUACCAGCUUACAGAGGAUAGUUCACCCACCACAAGAUGCCAGAUCGACUAUCAAUGGAAUGUAUUGAACAAACCAGUGUGUGUGAAGAAGUUGUGUUCACAUGCAGACCCUACUUUAGUCAAUGCACUUGAUCAUGGCAGCAUAGACUGCAGUGAUGACAUGCGCUACCAAUCACAGUGUACACUUACUUGUAACAUUGGGUACGAAAAAACAGGAUCUGGAAACACUGUCUGCUUGGCUGACCAAACCUGGAGUGAAAACUUUGGGGUCUGCAGAAAGAUUGAAUGCCCCCCAUUCACCCCACCCAUUAACGGGGGUGUGACUUGCUCUGAUGCAAACAGAUAUCAAUCUAACUGUUUAUUCCAUUGUGAUGCUGGGUAUGAAAUAAUUGGGGAAGUGACAUCACAAUGCCAACACAACCGAUCGUUCAAUAAUGAAGCUCCUAUCUGUCAAAAAACUCGUUGUCCAACCACCCAUCUCACAGCUACCCAUGCUACAACUGUCUGUAGUGAAAGCAACUUGUUUGAAUCAGUGUGUGGAUACGAGUGUAUACCUGGUUAUGAGGUCACACAGGGUGUUACCACGGUUACAUGCAUGGAUGACCAAACAUGGAGUGGGGAAAAAGUAACUUGCGAGAAGAAGGUUUGCUCAUCAAACGACACCGACCUAAUCAAGGCUGAGAGAAACGGGCAGCUAACUUGCACCGACGGCCACAUAUUCAACUCUGUAUGUUCAUUACAAUGCGACAUUGGGUAUCGACUUAUAGAUGGAGGGUUGAAUGAAACAAGAUGUAAUGAAGAUGGUGUUUGGGAGGCUACAAUUGGAUAUUGUAUCAAGAUUGAAUGCCCUGUGCUCAUUGAUCCCGUGAAUGGCCGCAUCAGUUGCAGUGAAAAUAGCAAGUACCUUUCUGAAUGUGAGUUUGAGUGCCAUGCUGGGUAUGAGGUCGUGGGAAGCGCAACAACUUUGUGUCAAGCGGAUAAAACUUGGACCAAUGUCUCACCUACAUGUCAACGUAUCAGUUGCCCAUCAAGCCACCUCACACUUACCCAUGGGUUCUCAUCAUGUACAAUCACCAACAAGUUUGAAUCAGUGUGUACAUACCAAUGUAACCAAGGUUACGAAAUGUCAAGCACAGAUUCCAACCAAUCAGAAUGCACGGAUCAAAUGAUGUGGACCAAUCAGAAACCAACAUGUAUGAAAAAGAAAUGCCCAAUGAACAGCGCCGAUAUUGUAAAGGCAUCACUGAUAGGGGAAGUUGUUUGCUCCGAAGAAAAUCUUUAUGAAUCCCAAUGUUCCCUUGAUUGUCCCCCUGGUUAUGAGGUCACAGAAGGCAACAGUGAGAUUACAUGCACACAUACUGCUCAGUGGAGCGGAACUAUGGGAUAUUGCCAACGUAUAAGUUGUGGCGUUCUCACCCCACCCACCAACUCCACUAUGGUAUGUUCCAACCAAGAUAAAUAUGAAUCCACUUGUGAGUUCACAUGCACACCUGGGUAUUAUCGUGCUGGUGAGCAUUCUACAACCUGCCAAGCCAACGGAACAUAUUCAAACCAACUGCCUUCUUGCCAUAAGAUUAGUUGUCCCGAUGAUCACAACAGCGUUCAGUUUGGUACCGUAAAUUGUACAGAAGGAAACCUUUUCCAAUCUGUGUGUACUUACCAGUGUAAUGAGGGGUACCAGGUGUUCGGUAGUUACAUCACAGAAGCGCAUGUGACAUCACAAUGCCAGUACUUUGGUGAAUGGACAGAGGAAGUUCCUAUUUGUGAAAAGAAGACUUGUUCGCACGAAGAUGAAGCGUUUGUUGCUGCCAUGGAGACAGGGAUGGUUGAUUGUAGUGAUGCGAACCGUGCUGGGUCCGUUUGUCGAAUCACGUGUCGUGAUGGACAUCAUGUGAUUGGUCAGAAUGUGAUCACAUGUACAAGUGCUGGAGCGUGGAGCGGGUUUAUUGGAUACUGUGAAAAUAUUGAAUGCAGCUCACUCACCCCACCCAACCAUGGAGACAUCACAUGUACCUCUGAUCACGACUUUGCAUCUACAUGUACAUACCAAUGUAAUGAAGGUUACCAAUUCAUUACAUCCAACCAAGCUAUUCCAGUCAACAUUUCAACUCGAUGCACAGCGGAUACAACAUGGACUCUACCAACACAGCCACAAUGUCAAAAGAAACAAUGUCCAUUGUGGUCAUCAUUCAAUAAUGGAAUCCAAAACUGCACCGACAAUAACAACUAUAUGUCACAAUGUUUAUAUGUAUGCGAUGAUGGCUAUCGUCUUGUACAACCCAGUAAUUCAAACAAUCAACACAGUGAGGUUAUAACAUGUGGUAGCGAAGGAGUAUGGGAUGUCAAUGAAGAACCACAAUGUACAAGGAUAAUGUGUUCACCAAACACAACACAAAUACAACAGAGUGAGCCUCAUGGUGUAAUCACUUGCACAAAUAAUGCAUUGUUUCAAUCACAAUGCUUACUACAAUGUAACAAAGGAUAUGAGCUUGGUGGAGAUAAUAAUGUUACAAGUUGUGGAUCCUCGUUGGAGUGGAUGCCUGUGUUAUCCUCAUGUGAAAAAAUCCAAUGUCCACCACUGAUGGCUCCCACUAAUGGACAAAUAUCUUGUUCCGAGGAUAAUUUGUUUAAAUCUCGAUGCAAAGUUACGUGCGACGUCGGGUAUGAGGUCGUUGACCCUGAGGAUGAUUAUGAUGUCAUCAAAGGAAUACAAUGUCGUGCCGAUGGUACCUGGUGUGGGGAAGUACCAGAAUGCAGAAAAAUUACAUGCCCAUCUAGUCACAUGACCAUCAGUCACGGUUCAGUGGUUUGUUCUGAUUCAAAUAUCUACCAAUCACGAUGCAGCUACCACUGUGACGUUGGGUAUCACAUGAUACAGGGACAGGUUGAUACAGCAGAGUGCAUGCAUACUAAGAUGUGGAAUAAUCCAACACCAACCUGCGACAACAACCGAUGCCCUGCCAAUGAUACAAGCAUUCAAGAGGCAUUGGUGUUCGGUGAUGUCACAUGUACUGAUGAAAAUAAGUUCGGGUCUCGAUGUUUGCUACGAUGUUACGAUGGGUACGAGAUGAGUGGAGAACCAGGAACUAAUUGUUUGGAGUCAGGAGUGUGGAGCAAUGGGAUUGGGCUUUGCUCAAAGAUUGAAUGCUCGCGAUUAGAUGUCCCACACACCACCCUACGAUGCACAGACGGUGCACACUUUCAAUCCAUAUGUGUGUUUGAUUGCAUAGAAGGCUACACCCUUGAGGAUCCUACUCCUUACAACAUGGUGUGUCAGGCUGAUGGGAGUUGGGUGGGCAAUACACCAACAUGUCAAAAGAUCAAUUGUCCUGCUGAACCAAUCAGACACAUCGAAAAUGGUCAAGUGUCUUGUGACAAUGGGUACAAAUAUGAAUCACAAUGCGUGUUUGUUUGCGAUCCUGGGUUCACGAUACAUCAUAGUGGUGAUUAUUAUGUCACAACACUCGCAUCUUCCUGCUUGGCGAACGGAACUUGGGAUUUUGUAUUCACACCUCAGUGUGUCCGUGUUACCUGUCCUACCAUGAAUGUUAUGAAUGGUCGACUUAACUGCAGUGAAAGUUCCACAUAUGGCUCACGAUGUGCAUUGUUAUGCGACAAUGGAUACCAACCAUCGUCACAAUCGGUCAUUGUUAAUUGUGAUGUCUCAGGACAAUGGUGGCCACAGCUUGCAACUUGUCAAAAACUGACAUGCCCAACCCCUUCCAUACCCAACACCCACCUCACUUGCUCCGAUGGUCACAAGUUUGCUUCUAUAUGUUCCUUCAGUGGUUGUGACCAUGGUUAUGAAGCAUUGGGUGAUUAUGAUGUCAUAAGCUGCAUGGGUGAUGGACAAUGGCUGGGCUCCGCGCCUCAGUGCACAAAGAAAACAUGUUCUGCUUCAUUCCUUACCUUGAACAAUGGACGUGUGUUAUGCAACAAUUCAAACUAUUUCCAAUCUGAAUGUGAAUUCUUAUGUAACAAUGGAUAUGAAUUAAACCAAGCAACAAACAUUGCUCAUUGUGGGGAUACAAAGGAAUGGGACUUGAUGGUGCAACCUGCGUGCAUGCUUCGGCGAACAUGUGCAUCUAGUCACAUUCCAUACGGGACCAUCCAGUGUAAGAAUAACUUGUGUCGUCUCAACUGUGACUUAACAUCAACUUUGGUUGGUGCAAGCGAAAGUAACUGUACCGAAGUAAAUGGAAUACUAAGUUGGUCAACACCUUUGGGAACAUGUCUACGUCAAUCAUGCCCCGCCCUUACCACGCCCACACACGCAACCAUGGAUUGUAACAACCGGUUCAAGUUUCGUUCUGUUUGUCGUUUCCGAUGUUCUCGUGGUUACCGUUUGUCUGGAUCGAUCGCAACGAGGUGUAACGCGGGUCUUCAAUGGACCAAUCAGGUCCCCUCAUGUGAAGUUAUUUCCUGCAACGCCAGUUUCCAAAACAUUGAACACGGAAACGCCGUUCAAUCGAACUCUAACAUUCCAGGGUCAGUUACAACAUACACCUGUGAUGAUGGGUAUCAACUUGAUGGUCAAAGUCAAGUGACGUGUAACAAUAAUGGACAAUGGAGUUCUGUAAAGCCACAAUGCAAACGUUUACAGUGCCCACCCUUACACAUUGCUAAUGGUGGCUACCAGUGUAAUAGAGACAUCCAUAAUGAAAUGGGGUCGGAAUGUAACUUCACAUGCAACCAACUACACCAGCUUGAUGGCAACCAUACCACAACCAUAUGUGGUUCAAAUGGUCAAUGGACAAACCAAGCACCAUACUGUAGGGGCCAUUGUGAUGUCAUAUUCAACCAUAUUGAUAACGGACAAGUGACGUGCACCAAUUCAAAUUACCACCAUUCACAAUGCAGCUUUCAAUGCAACCCCGGUACUCUUACCAACCCAAUAACCCAUCAUGGGUCUCAUGUUAUGACCUGUCAAUCAAACGGAAGGUGGGGAGGCACCCCUCCAUGUUGUGCAGAAUCAUGUCCGACCCGUACCAAGGUAGAUUUGUAUAUUGUGCUCGAGAGCAGCACUAGUGGUGAAAGUGAUGACUGGAACCGAUUACUUGGCUUCGUAGAAACAUUAAUUCGCCGAUUCAGCAUUGAUGACUCAACAACUUUGGUUGGUUUGCUUCGUUACCAUAGAAACGUUGAUGUCAUAGGAGAAGUAUCGCUCGGUAGAUAUCGAAACAUCGAGGAAUUAUCAAGAGCUGUGAAGUUCUUGCCAUACGGGGGAUAUGGUUCUAACAUCGGGCAAACAUUGGAACAUCUUGCUACAGACAGUUUGUUGGUUGAUACAAACAGACCAAAUGUGCGUGACCACGUUAUUCUAUUCACCGAUGGUAGUAGCGAUGAUAAUGUUACAGCAUCAGCUGGAUUAUUAAAGCAACGUGCUACGGUACAAGUUGUUGGAAUGGAUGGGACGAAGACACAGCUUCAACAACUUGAAGAGAUAGCAACCAAACCAAGUUAUGUUCACACUGUUUCAAACAUAUCACAACUUGGAACAAGUGUAAUUGAUGCUAUCAUCAUGAAUAUGUGUCAAAAUCCAUGCCUACUGAGUCAAAGUUACCAGAAUGAAAUGCACAACUACAUUCAAGUAUAGUUAAUCUUGUUUUUGUUUAUUUAUUCUUUGUUUAAAUAUUGUCGACAUCUUAUAUGUAUUUUGCUUGCACUGUUUUGAAUUUUACCGCUUAAGUGUUACGCUGUGCCUCUUAUCGCCAAACUUGUUACAUUACAAGAAUAUCAACCAUAUAUA